AUGGCGAUGGCGGCGGAGGGCGGCGCGGCGAGCGAGCCGGAGCUGGUAUCGAUCCCGGCGACGCCGCACGGCCUGUCGACGCCGGAGGGCGCGGCGACGCCGACCGGAGCCGGUGGGGGAGGUGGCGGGAGGAGCAAGGGCUCCGGGACCCCCGGGCGUCGCGUGGUGGAGGGCCUGCGCGGGUACCUGGAGGACGUGGGCCACCUCACGCGCCUCGACCCGCGCGACGCCUGGCUGCCCGUCACCGAGAGCCGCGGCGGCAACGCCCGCUACGCCGCCUUCCACUCCCUCAACGCCGCCCUCGGCUUCCAGGCGCUCCUCCUCCCGCUCGCCUUCCCGGGCCUCGGAUGGAGCUGGGGGAUAAUUUCAUUGACUAUUGCUUAUUUCUGGCAACUGUACACGCUCUGGAUCCUAGUCAAGCUUCAUGAGGCUGUGCCAGGCAGGAGGUACAACAGAUAUGUGGAGCUUGCACAGGCUGCAUUUGGAGAAAAACUGGGAAUGUGGCUGGCUCUUUUCCCGACUAUUUAUCUCUCGGCAGGCACCGCCACUGCGUUGAUCCUUGUUGGAGGGGAGACCAUGAAGCUGUUCUUCCAAAUAGUGUGUGGCCCACUCUGCUCACCGAAUCCCAUUACGACGGUCGAGUGGUACUUGGUGUUCACUUCCUUGGCAGUAAUUCUUUCCCAACUUCCAAAUCUCAAUUCAAUCGCUGGUCUUUCACUCAUCGGUGGGGCGACCGCGAUAAUGUACUGUACCAUGUCGUGGGUUCUCUCUGUCAGCCAACCACGACCACCAACAGUAUCUUAUGACCCAGUGACAUCCAAUUCUUUUGGUAUAUCCCUAUUCUCAACCUUGAAUGCCCUUGGGAUAAUAGCGUUUGCCUUCAGAGGGCACAAUCUUGCUCUGGAAAUACAGGCGACAAUGCCAUCGACUUUCAAACAUCCAGCACAUGUGCCAAUGUGGCGCGGGGCCAAAGUAGCGUAUCUCCUGAUUGCAAUGUGCCUCUUCCCCGUCGCCGUUGGAGGCUACUGGGCCUACGGAAACAUGAUGCCACCAGGAGGGAUGCUGGCGGCACUCUACGCCUUCCACAGCCAUGACAUCCCGCGGGGCCUCCUCGCGACGACAUGCCUCCUCGUCGUUCUCAACUGCCUCAGCAGCUUCCAGAUCUACUCCAUGCCGGUGUUCGACAGCUUCGAGGCCUACUACACCGGCCGCACCAACCGCCCGUGCUCGGCAUGGGUGCGGUCAGGAUUCAGGGUCUUCUACGGGUUCCUCUCGCUGUUCAUCAGCGUGGCCCUGCCAUUCCUCUCCAGCCUCGCCGGGCUGCUGGGCGGGCUCACCCUGCCUGUGACCUUCGCCUACCCGUGCUUCAUGUGGAUCCGCGUCAAGAAGCCCGAGAGGUUCAGCUUCAGCUGGUACCUCAACUGGGGCCUUGGGCUGCUCGGCACAGCGUUCAGCCUGGCGUUCUCGCUGGGUGGCGUCUGGAGCAUCGUCAACAAUGGGAUGAAGCUCAAGUUCUUCAAGCCUAACUAG